GGGGGGAUAGUCCGACGCUUGCUACGUUUCGUCGGGAGUCGGUGAGGGAAAUGCGCGAGUCUGCGAGAGAGCGCCGUGAACGCCGGCAGAGCAACUUGAGCAUUUCCUCCUCCGCGCCGUCUCGGCGAGAGAGCGGGGUUAGUGUUUCCUCGCGCCGCUCUUCUAGACGCGAGAGCGUGGUGAGUGUUAAGGAGGGGGAGAGUAGUAGUGGUACGGAGACGGCGUCGAGUCCGCCGCCCGUGCCGAACUCGAGUAAGAAUCACAUCGAGAAGAAGGGCGGGUUGAGGCCGUUGAGUCUGGGGACGCAUGAGGUGAGGGCGAGGAGGUGGAGGGAUGCUAUGGAGGAGUUGAAGAAGAUGUAGAUCUUUCUGCCUCUGUAUGUGAUGGGGGUGUCGAUCCUUUGAGAGUGUACUGUUUUCCUUGUCUGAGUUUCUGAGUGUUGAGGGGAGAGGGAGAGGGAGAGGGGGAGAAAAUGGGCGUCCGCGGCGUCUACGCAACUUUUGUAUUUCUUUGUUUUUCUUCUGCUCGAGAGAUGCCUACGGGUUGUGUCGUGCGAGCUGUUUAUUUCAGUUCUUUUAGCGCCGAGAGAGAAGGGGGUGGUGGUGGCAUGUCUGCUGUAUUUCUGAUCUCCUUGUUCCUGUUGCUGUUGUCGUUUUUUCGAUACUGUAUUGUUGUGUUUGUUUUGAUAUCUCACAUCUUAUUUUAGCUGGCUAGUUUUUUAGUUGUAGUGCUUCUUUAUAUCCCCAUUUCGAAAUUCUUAGGCAAUGUUUAUUAGUUUUUACCAACUUACCCUACGGUCUUUACCAUCUUACGUGACAUUUGCCUGCUUCUACCGCUUGCUGAUGCCUUUUUGUUAGACUUUCUUAAGUGAACCAUAUGUCUCCUGUCUGCUGUG